AUGUUUAUUAUAUUAUUCAUUACGCACAUACUUAUUGAUGUAGCUUGUGCAGGAACGAUAUCUCCAUCUAUUUUCAAAGCCUAUUAGACAACAGACACUACUUUUUCAAAUGAAGUAACUUCACUCAAAAUAAAUACGCAAUAUCUCAUCAGGUUUGAAUUUGAUUUACCAACUACUCUAAGUGUUAGCACUGAUUACAUUAGAAUAGAUGUAGUUGGAUUUAAAUCUAUGGCAAAGUUCUUUUAAUCAUACUAAUUUACAAAUCCCUCUGCUGAUGGAACUACUUUCCUUGAGUUCAAGGCUGAUACUUCCACUAAAAUUCAAACACCACUUAUAAUAUUUUAUGCCACUACAGGUGCAUCGACAAAGACACAUACAUGUUCUGCUUUAAGUUAUAGAACCCCUGGAAGUACAACACUUGAUACCCCUACUAAGACAUUCACAAUCAUAGGAGGAUCAAUAACGUUUAGUAGCUCUAUUAGUGUACCAAAUAAGGUUUUUGGAUAAAAAUCUCUUUAUAUCAUUAGCCUCAACUUUGAAAAUUCAUUAUCAGAAGGAACAAAUAAAUAUAUAACCUUUCCAAAACCAUCAGGUUUAACAGCUGACGCAACGAUCUCAUGUUCAGGAACGCCAUCAACCACAAUCAGCUGCACUUGGGCCACUGGAACAAACUUGAUAACAAUAACAAAUUUGGAUUCAACUAAAACAUAAACAAUAUCCUUAGAGUUCACAAACCCUCCUUCCCCUACUUCGAGUGUUACUUUUAAUACUCUUAUCACUUAUAUUGACACUUUUUAAGUUGAUUCAAGUAGUACAUCUUAAAUAGUGACUGGAUACAAUGAUGGAAUAAUAACAACAUUAUCUCUUGAAAGUGGAACAUAAAAAGUAGGUUAAAGUGGUUCUUAUUUAAAAUACAAAUUUACAAGUUUGAAUGAUAUUGUAACUGGCUCUAUUAUUUAAUUAACUCUGCCUAGUGAUAUUCAAUGGAGUACAACAUCUCCAUCCUGUUCUUGGAAUACCGGGAGUGUAACAGCAUGUUCUUCUAACUUUGUUUCAACAUAAGUUAUAUCGAUAACUUUAACUUUAUCUGCCCCAAUACCUGGAGGUACAUCAUUAAUUUUAACAAUUAAUUCAAUAAGAACUCCAUACACAUUUAGCCCUUCCACUGGAUUUUCAUUUAUGAUCACUUAAGGCGGUGUAUAAUAUGAUUAAAAUACAAAUUUUGGAAGUUUGACUAUGACUGAACAAAGUGGAAUCACUUUAGCAUUUUUUAGCAGAACAGAAAAUAAAAAUGGUGCUAAAUCUGAUUAUAAAUUUUCAAUUAAAUUUGAUACUAAAUAACCUAGUGGGACUAAAAUAACUUAUACUCUUUAAGGAUAUGAUUUAAGUAAUGUUAAUGCCGUUGACUUUACUGGUUCUACCUAAUUAACUUCUCCAACUACUUUAUUAGUUAUUAGCACAGCGUAUACAAUUACAUUUUAACUCAGUUCAGAAUUGAAUGAGAAUUAAAAUUAUGAUACAAUAAUAUAUAAAAUUGUAAAUAAAAAUAGUGCUGGUACAAUAACAGCUGAAACCACAAAAAAUAAUUUUAAAAUUUCAACCACUGAUAAAGGCACGGCUGGUACAUUACCAAGUUCUACUCCAAAUGAAAUUACUAUUGUUAACAUGAUUUAAGAAAAAAAAUUAUUAGGAGUUGUAGAUAGUUAUUAAUUUAGAAUUACUUUAUCUAAUUUACUCUCUGCAGGAUCUACAAUUAUUGUGACUAUGCCAGAUAACUUCUCUGCUGAGGAUGUUGAUUGUACAACAUAUGUGGAUAAUAUUGAGGGGUUGACAGUGGAUACUUGUUCAGUUAACAGUAAAGAGAUUACAAUAAAGAUAAAAAUUGCAAUUUAAGUUAAUACGAUAUAGUUUCGAUUUAAUAGUUUAAUUAGGAACCCAAAGAUUUAUUCAUCAAAUUAUCAAUUUAAAAUAAGAACUCAAAAAGAUAACGCUAUCAUUGAUGAACUGUUAAGUUCAGAUAGUGCUAAAUUAUUAGAAUUUAAAUUAUUGUGUGCUCCUACUUCUACAGUAUUUUGUAAAGAAUGUGAUGCUUAAGGUAAAUGUUUAUCUUGUUAUUCGGAUACUUCAAUAACUCAAUAUAUUUAUUUCUUAAGCAAUUAAUGUCUAAGUACUUGUGGAUCAAAGUACUAUAGUGAUUCUAGUAAUAAAUGUUAAGGUUGUCCAAAUUAUUGUUAAGAAUGUACAAGCAGUUCAUUAUGUUAAAGCUGUGAAAACGAGACAACUUAAGAGAUUAAGAAUGGAAAAUGUGUAUUGAAAUGCACUGAGAACUAAUUUGAUUUUAAUGGUAUUUGCACUCCUUGUAAUGAGAAUUGCAAUACUUGUGUUGAUUAAAGUACCAAAUGCACAUCCUGUGGUGAAACUAAUAAUUUACUUUAUCAAAACAAGUGUGUAUCUCAAUGUCCAACAGGAGUAUUUUAGGUAGGGUUUUCUUGUAUUGCAUGUACAUCACCUUGUAAAACAUGUGACACUGGUCCAACUAUAUGUCUCACUUGUGUUGCUAACUAUUAUUAUAAAAAGGCAUCGCUAAGUUGUGUUUCUGAUUGUGGUAAUAGAUAUUUCAAGGAUGGAAGUGAUUGCACCUUGUGUUCUGAUCCUUGUAAUAAUUGUUUGAGUAACACUAUAUGUGUUGAUUGUCUCACUGGAUACUACUUUUUUAAUAACAGUUGUGUUUCAACAGUACCGAAUGGUUAUUAUAAAUCAGGUACUACUUUGAAUAAGUGUCCUGACAUUUGUGGUAAUUGCAUUUCAGAAACUGAAUGUACUUCAUGUCCAACCAAUAAAUACUUGUUAGCAAAACAAUGUUAAGACAAAUGUCCUGAUAAAUAUUAUUCAUAAAAUUUUGUAUGUUAUGCUUGUGAUACCUCUUGCUUAUAAUGUUCAUCAAGCACAGUAUGUACUCAAUGUCCAGAGAAUUAAUAACAUUUGACCGGUAAAUGUUAUUAGAAUUGUCCCAAUAAAUACUACUCUUUAGAUUAUUAAUGUUUAUCAUGUUAAUCGUCAUGUGCUACUUGUGUAAAUGGUCUAGAAUGUAAGACAUGUCCAGUCAGUUCACCAUAUAUGUUGAAUAGCUUAUGUGUUUAGACUUGCCAAUCCAACUAUUACAUAAAAGAGUAUGUCUGUAACAAAUGUGCUAACGAGUGUGCUACUUGUGAUGAAAAGGGAUGUCUUACUUGCGUAUAGAAUUACAAAUAGUUAGAUUAGACAUGUGUGACUUCAUGUCCAACUGGAUAUCAAGAUCUAAACAAUAUAGAUAUAUGUGAGAAAGUGACAGAUACAGAAUAAUAAGUGAUUUCCAAUUUACAAGAAAACAAAUAUAUACCCGUUCCAUUCACCAUAGUCUCUUUAAUUAUGAUAUUAAGUGUUGUUGUGGCUAAGAUAUAGAAAACAGAAACUUUUAUUCCAGGAUCAGCUGUUGGUUUAUUAGGUCUAAUCAUUAUAGGAUCAUGGGCGGUGUUACUACUCCUACAAUUGGAUUACCUUUUGGAGAAGUUGGAAACUUAUUUACUGAUGGCUGCAAUUGGAGUUCAUAUACUAUUAAAUCUCAUUAAUUUAUGUGUUGUUAAACAUUGCACCUAAGGAGAUACUGUCUUUAAUUUGUGGUAUUCAGCAAGGAAAUCCAAUUCAUGUGCAUACAUCUUCUUGAAUUUAUUGUCAAUUCUGAGUUUCUCUAUGACAAGAUUUUACUUCUCAAGAUAUUUUGGGUUUAGAUUCUUGAAAUGUAAGUUAUCAGAUGUAGAAAACAUGGUUGGUAUGAAUAUCAUCAAUGGACUCUGUGCAUUUUUUUGCUGUAUUCCUGCUUUGAUAGCCAGUGUGCUUCUUGCUUAUAGAGAUCAAUUAAGAGAGUAACUAUUCAUCAGCAGUAUUGAUUCAUUCAUAGUGACCAUAAUCUUUGGGAUCUGUUUAAUAUGGGAAACUCAAAAAGAAGAGCACUUUUUUGAAGACAUCCACUAUGCAUCAGUUUCACAAUCACAUUAAGUUAUUCCUGAGUUUUUUUAAACUAAUAGAUCAAAGUAAUCCAAAAGGUUCUCCUUUGAAGAUUCCAUGAAUGGCUAAAAAUUCAACCAUCAUGAAUAAGACGAGGAACCAUCCUUCCCUAAAAUUGAUGAAUCCAUUGAAUACAAAGAUCCCAAUUACAGUAGUCAAUAACCGUUUCAGAAGAUGUUACAAAAAAAUUCGUAAUUCACUUUCAAAUAAGAUAUUCUUGAUCCAAAACAAGAUAAUUCAAAUAGGUAUCAAGAGGAAGUGGUCUUAUAAAUGCCGAAUAACGAUGUGUCUGAACCAUUAUCUAUUGGAGAAUCAUAAAGAGACUAAUUUGAAAUGCAAUAGAAAUAGACACUGGAAUAAUAGUAAUAAUAGAAGAUUUUAGAAGAAUAAUAAAGAAUCGAAUUCGAAAAGCAAUAAGAAAAAUUAAGGUAAAUAGAAGAAUAGAAUAACAUAGAAGAGUAAAAGAAAAAAGAAAUACAGAAAUAACAGGAAGAGCAAUAAAGAUAGGAAGAGAUCAAAAAAUAAGAGUUAGAAAGAUAGGCAGAACUCAAAAGAAUAGAGGAAGAAAAAUAACAAUAAGAAUAAAUUAAAUAAUAAGAACUCGAAAAAAAUAGAAAAGAAAAGGAAUUAUAAAUCUAGGAAGAAUAAAAAAAAUAAUAAGAAUUAAUAAUUUAGUAAUAGUAAGAAGAAGAAAGGAUAGCAAAAUAAAAAGAGGAAGAAAGAUAAGCAUUCGAGAAAGAAGAAGCAUUGAAGUUAGAAAAAUAAAAAGAAGAAGAAAAAUUGGCAUUAGAGAGAGAAGAAGAGUAAAGAAUAGAAUAAUAAAAGCAGGAAGAGAGAUUAGAGUUGGAAAGAUAGGAUGCAUAAAGGUUAGAAUAAUAGAAGGAGGAGGAGAGAUUGGCUGAAUUAAAUUAAAAGUAAAAAACUGAGGAAGCAUAAAGAGCUGCUGAAUAAUAGAAAAUUGAAGAAGAAUAAUAGGCUGAACGAUUAAGAUAAGAAGAAUUAAAACUUAAGGAAUAGGAGGAAGAGGCAAAAAGAAUUUAAGAAGAAUAAAAAAAGUAGGAAGAAUUAAGAAUACAAUAAGAACUAGAAUAAAAAAAGAAGGAUGAAGAUCUAAAUCAGUUAUUGGAAGAAUAAAAACUAUAGGAGCAAAAAGAAUAGGAAAUGCUUCAAAGAUAAAAAUAAUCUAGAUAGGCUGCAGAUUAAAAUUCAGAAAUUGAUGUGAUGUAAAAUGAAAUUGAAGAUUUGAAAUAGGAAAUUAAUGAAUUCGAUCAAAAUAAUAAUAAUAAAUUGAAUGAUAUUAUUUUGGUGGAUCAAGAUGAUGAUGAUGUGGGAUGGGAUAUUGAAAAUGAAGAAGUCGAUGAUCAAGCUUAUGACUAAGGAGUAACAGCAUAAUAAAAGAAAUUUUAAAAGGAAAUUAUUUAAGAUGAUAAAAAUGAUGCAGAUGAUGAUUGGGAUGUUCCAACUUCAGGUUUCGUAAGCGUACAACCAAAAUCUUAGUUAAAAAAGGAUUAAUAGAUUGAAGAACCCAUUAACCCUUUUAAAGGAUACAAUUAAAAGUAAGCAGCAGAAUCAGAUCUAUUCAAAUAAUCAAGAGAGGAUUCAGAUGAUGAGGAUUGGGCUCCAAAUUAAAUUUCUCCAUCUGAAUUCAAUAUUCUCAAUUAAAGAUUUGAUCAUGAAAAACACUCUAUUACACAAGCUGAAAGAUCUAAAAAGUUUUCCCAAACAGGUUAAAAUUUUAAAUCUGUUAUUAAGAGACCAACUCUUCCUGAGCCUUAAACAAAUAGUGAUAACGAAUCAAUAGACUAGCAAUCAGUUUUUGAUUAGUUUGCUAGAAAUUAAUUAAACUAAAUUCCCAAAAAACAAAAUUAAGGAUUAAAUAAAAUAUAUUUAUAAAGAUAACAGAUCAAAUAGAAAGGCACAAGUAACAUAGGAAUUAAUGAUAUUAAAUUUUGA